AUGAGCGGCGGCGCGGUGUCGUCGCGCGGCUCCUCCUUCCUGGGCUCUUCGGCCGCCGGGUCCGUCACCGCCGCGGCGCCGGCCGCGGGCGGCGGCGGCGGCCCCGCGGUGGCCUCGAUGACCAUGAUGUUCGACCGCUUCAACGAGAAGGCCAUCAAGGCGGUGAUGACGGCCUCGGACGAGUCGCGGCGCCUCGGCCACAAUUUCGUGAGCACCGAGAUGCUCCUGGGACCCCCUUCAGACUCAACCAAGUUCUGGAUGCCCAUGUUCAGCGCAGCCAUGGUCGAUCACGCGAAGUACAUGUUGAGCAGUGUUUCAGCCAACAUGGCGGCCAACGCGACCUACAAGUGUCACAAGUUGAACCAGAGCAGCUUUAUCAAAUUCUAA